AUGAGGUGUGUCGUCUGCACACAGUUUGAGAAAGAGAUACGGUGUAGUAGAGAUUUCACUGACGUUUGGAUAAGAGGGUCUACAAACAUGCGCUUAUCAAAUGCUAGAGACCAUUCUUCAACAAACUACCAUAAACAUGCAUACAAACUUUACGUCAAGGACAUGAACGCUAGGGGUGAAUGUGUUGAACAUCUUCACAAUGUAUUUGAACCAGACCCCCAACAACAAACGCUUGGUGACAGCUUUUGUAGUAUGACUAAAGUACAAGAACUUCAACAAAUAAAAAAAUUUGAAAUAGCAUAUUUUAUUGCCAAAAAAGAGCUCCCAUUCUCUGUGUAUGAAGAUUUGAUUAAACUGGAAACUUACCAUGGUGUAGAUAUAGGUGAUCAAGCUUACACUAACCGUAAACAAUGUGCAGAAUUUGUGGACAUUCAUGGACAGUUUAUAGCAUCAAAGCUGCAUGAUGAUCUUUCAAAAGCCAAAUUCUAUAGUGUUUUAACAGAUGGGAGCACAGACAAGUCUGUUACAGAAAAGGAAGUUGUAUAUGUACUGUAUUUUGAUCCUUAUUCUAAAAAUGAUGAAAUUGAAGUGAAGCUUUCAUUUCUUUACCUAAAAGAUGUCAAAAAGGGAGAUGCACCUGGAAUACUUGGUGCAAUUGAGGAGAGUUUUCACUCACUGGGUAUCAUGCCAAGUGAACUUUAUUCAAAGCUUAUUGGUUUUGGUGCUGAUGGUGCAUCAGUCAACAGUGGUAAUAAAAGUGGAGUAAAAGCACUUCUGGAACAAAAAGCACCAUGGCUAAUAUAUACAUGGUGUGUGGCUCACAAAUUAGAAUUGGCCCUGAAAGAUGCCUUAAAUACUACCGUAUUUCAAAAGGUGGACAAUAUGCUGCUGAGGUUGUAUUACCUUUACCAUAAAUCUCCCAAAAAACUACAGGAACUGAAAACUUUGCACAAUUUAGUCAAAGAUACAUUUGAAUUUGAAGAGGGCUCUCUGAAACCAAAACGUGCUUGUGGUACAAGGUGGAUUUCUUUCAAGUUGUCAGCACUGCGGAUGGUCCUGGAUAAAUAUGGUGUUUACAUGCAACAUCUACAGCACUUAGCUGGUGACAAAAAAUGUAAAGAUCAUAAAAAGAUAUGUGGUUAUCUGUGUGAGUGGAAUUCUAGUCGCAUGCUUUUGUAUGUUGCAUUCUUUAUUGAUGUCCUGAACCCAGCAGCUAUAUUGUCCAAAGCAUUUCAAGAAGAUGUUAUUGACAGUGUUGGAGUUCUACAUAAUAUCAAGUGUUCUGAAGAAUCUCUUGAUCAAUUGUUAACUAGGUCUUUUGAGGAUCUUCCUGCUGUUAAAUUUCUGUUUGGAAAGUUACAAAAGACUGAUUCAGUGUACACUUAUCAGGGGAUAGAAUUCACUAAAACAAGUUUUCUGAAGGCCACUGAAGAUGUAAAAUCAGCAAAGAAUACCAUUAUAAAUGCUGUACACUGUGCCAUGGAUUCCAGACUAAAGGGUGCCAGCAGUAUACAGCUGAAUAAUGUUGCCACUAUAUUAAACACUGAACACUGGAAAUCAAAUGUUGAUGUGGCAGGUGUAGACUUUACGGAUGUCAAUGUUACUGAACUGAUAGAGAACUUUCAGCCUGUAUUGCUGAAACAAGGAUUUUCUCCAGAUGCCUCUCCUCAAAAUAUUCUAGAGGAAUGGCACGACAUGGUCAGGUACACACUGGACUUUUUACAGCCACAUAAAAGUUGUUACAAAAAAACCUGGAAAAUUUUGUUUAACUGCUCUAAGUCCACUAAGUGGAAGAAUAUACUGACUUUCAUUGAACUUUUGUUUUCUGUACCAGUUUGUAAUGCAAAACUUGAGAGAAUGUUUUCUCGCUUAAAAAGAACAAAGAGUCAUAGCAGGUGUUCUUUAGGUGAGGACAGGUUAACAAAUAUCCUACGAAUUGUUGAGGAAGGUCCCCCACUGGGAUCAUUUGAUGUAAGCCCUGUAGUUCAUCUGUGGAACCAGGUGAAAAGGAGGAGACCAAAUCAGAAGAAAAGGCAAAUGUACAAAAAGAGACCCCCAAAAGUAAAAUACCAGAAACUAGAAACUGAAAGAAAGGAGAUUAGUGGAUCUGAUUCGGAGUCUGGUGACACAAGUGAAAGUUUUAGUGAUAAUGAAAAUGUAUUCUGUUUAUCUGACAGUAGUGACAGUUCAACAUUUGAAGGUUUCCUGCCUACGGAUAUAUAA